AUUCGGGCACUUUCACGGCUCGGCGGCAUGGAGGGAGCCAAGAUGACCCGUCUGCUUUGCUCGGUCCUCCUUGCUCUCCUAACAUCUGCCCGCUGGGGGAGCACGGGCCCGGCAGGGGGGCCUGCAGAGCCGGAGCCACUGACCAACACAACCCCGGGCCUGCCCAUCAUUGCCGCCAACUUCCACAAGGAGAACACGGUCACCAACGUCUGGCUGGAUGAGGGCGAGGAGGACGAGGACUACCUGGACCUGGAGAAGCUCCUGAAUGAGGAUGACGACUACAUCGACAUCAUCGACGCCGUGGCGCCUGUCGACCCCGCAGCCCACGCUGGCAACAUCCUCCAGCUCUUCCCAGGCAAGAGCCGCAUCCAGCGCCUCAACAUCCUCAAUGCCAAGUUUGCUUUCAGCCUCUACCGGGCUCUCAAGGAGCAGGUGGGUGCCGCGGAGAACAUCUUCAUUGCACCUGUGGGCAUCUCCACAGCCAUGAGCAUGAUCUCCCUAGGCCUGCGGGGCGAUGCCCUCGACCAAGUCCACGCGGUGCUGCACUUUGAGGACUUCGUCAACGCCAGCAGCAAGUAUGAGAUGGUGACUGUGCACAACCUCUUCCGCAAGCUCACACACCGGCUCUUCCGGAGGAACUUUGGGUAUGUGCUGAGGGCCGUCAAUGAACUUUACGUCCAGGAGCGCUUCCCCAUUCAGCAGGACUUCAAGGCCAAGGUGCAAGAGUACUACUUUGCGGAGGCUCAGCCGGCCAACUUCGAGGACCCGGCCUUCAUCGAGAAGACCAACCAGCACGUCCUGAAGCUGACCAAGGGCCUCAUCAAGGACGCACUGCAGAGUGUCGACCCCGUGACCCAGAUGAUGAUCCUAAACUGCAUCUACUUCAAAGGCUCCUGGGUGAACAAGUUCCCUAUGGAUAUGACGCACAACCACAACUUCCGGCUGAAUGAGCGUGAGGUAGUCAAGGUGCCCAUGAUGCAGACCAAGGGGACCUUCCUGGCGGCGAGUGACCAGGAGCUGGACUGUGAGGUCCUGCAGCUGGAGUAUGUCGGGGGCAUCAGCAUGCUCAUCGCGGUCCCCCACAAGCUGUCGGCCAUGAAGACCCUGGAAGCGCAGCUGACGCCCCAGGUGGUGGAGCGGUGGCAGAAGAGCAUGACAAACAGAACGAGAGAGGUGCUUCUGCCCAAAUUCAAGCUGGAGAAGAAUUACAACCUGGUGGAGGUGCUGAAGGCGAUGGGAAUCACAGCGCUGUUUGACAAGAAUGGCGACUUGUCAGGCAUCUCUCAGGACAAGAUCACCAUCGACCUGUUCAAGCACCAAGGCACCAUCAUGGUGAACGAGGAGGGCACCCAGGCUGCUGCCGUGACCAGCGUGGGCUUCAUGCCGUUGUCCACACAGGUCCGUUUUGCUGUCGACCGCCCCUUCCUGUUUCUGGUUUACGAGCAGCGCACUCACUGCCUGCUCUUCAUGGGGAGGGUCACCAACCCGGCCAAGUCCUAGAGAGGGCUCCGGGCAGCUGCCGUGGUGGCUGUCAGGACACUGUGCGGGCGCCCUUCCCAACACGACGACAGACUGGCCGGCUGCAACGCUCCAGAUCUCACGUGCUGCCCCGCGGGACAGGAGGCCACAUGCACGGUCACCAGUGGCUGAGGAGCCCCUGGGAGCGUCGGUAGGAAUGCCGAAGGAAGUCAGAGCUUUCUCCCAGAAAGUCAGAGAGAGGGAGCGAGAGGGUCUGUGCCCGAGGAGCUGCUACGUCCGUGUCUUCCCAGGCUCCCCAGUGGAACACGGUCCCCCAAACGAGUGGCCCUUUCUCAGGCCUCCCAAGGAGGGUGUAUGCCCAGCAGUGCCCAUGAUGCGAAGGGGAGACCUGUGACGUGCUCGGGGCGCUCGAAGUAUAAUCCUAUCCAGGCCCAGCCUCCUCUGUCUCGCUCAGUGUCACCGUGCCUUCUCCUGUCCCCUCACUGCUUCCCAGAGGACAGUGCCUGCACAUGUGCGUGCGCACACACACGGCCCUUUUCCCCCACUAAAGAGAUCAAUAAAUAGAAUCGCCUUUA